AUGGAACUUAACAAUGUUGAGAAUGAGGAGGGUGAUUGUGAUUGGAAGCCUAGAGUUCGCAUGACAUUUGAUAUAGAACAAGAAGCAUAUGAUUUCUAUAAUGCUUAUGGAGGAAGGUUGUGCUUUAGUAUUAGAAGGAGUUAUGUAAACAAGAGCAAAGAGGGGCAAAUCACUUCAAGGCAAUUUGUUUGUAAUAAGGAGGGAUUUAGGGUUGUCGACAAACGAGAUCCAUUAACAAAAAAUCCUAGACAGGAAGUGAGGACUGGUUGUCAAGCCCGACUAGUCAUUAAGUGGGAUAGGAAUAUUGAAAAAAAUUUUGUUGGUGAUUUUGUUGAACAACAUAAUCUUAUCUUUGUACCAGCAGAAUGUGCGCAUAUGUUACCAUCCCAAAGGAAGAUAUCUGCAUCACAGGCAACCGAAAUAGAUUUAGCCGAAAAAUCUGGAAUCUAUCUUAAUGCUGCAUUUGAGCUCAUGGGUAGUGAAGUUGGUGGAAGGGAGUUGCCUGGGUUCACAAAACUGGACCAAAAAAAUUAUUUGAGAACGAAGAGGCAAAACAGUUUAGUAUAUGGGGAGGCAAGUAGCAUUUUGCAAUAUUUUCGUGACAAAUCAUUGGAAAAUCCAUCUUUUUUUUACUUGGUCCAAUUAGAUAAUGAGGAACACUUUACAAACAUAUUUUGGGCCGAUGCUCAGAUGAUCAUGGAUUAUGGGCAAUUUGGUGAUGUUGUGACUUUUGACACUACUUACAAGUUAAAUAGUGCACAUAAACCAUUUGCGUCUUUUGUUGGAUUUAACCAUCAUAGGGAAACUGUGAUAUUUGGUGCAACUUUGAUAUAUGGUGAGACCGCCAAUUCUUUUAUAUGGCUUUUUAGAAGAUUCUUGGAGGCAAUGUCAAGUAAGGCUCCAAAAAUAAUUUUUAUGGAUCAGGAUGCUGCAAUGGCUAAGGCCAUACCUAUUGUCAUGCCUAACACAAACCACUGCCUUUGCACUUGGAAUUUGAUGCAAAAUGCAUUAAGGCAUGCAAAUUCUAUCUUCAAGGAUAAGGCGGUGAAGGAUAAGGGGAUGAAGAGUGUUUUAUCCACAUUUAUGUACAACAUUGAGGACGAGGAAGAGUUUACGUUAAAAUGGGAGGAAAUGCUUGACAAGUAUAAAGAUGAGUACGUCAAGUCCCGUGAAGUAAACAUAGAAGAAACUGAAAAUGAUAGUGAGAGUACUGUUUAUACGGUUCUUGAUAGUGAUGGUAUAAAGGUGAGGAAGGUGAGAAUGGAGUGUGAUGGUUCAGCCACUUGCAAUUGUAGGAAGUUUGAAAUGAAGGGCAUUUUGUGUAGUCAUUGUUUGAAGAUCCUUAGAGACACCCUCAAAUUCAAAGAGAUUCCUUCACAAUAUAUUCUGAAGAGAUGGACUAAAAAAGCAAGAGCUGAAAAUGUGAAAGAUAGGUAUGGGCAUGAUAUUAAGGUUGAUGUAAGAUUGCAUCAAACUUCAUGCUAUAGAUCAUUGAUGGCAAUAUUCAGAGUAGUAGCGUGUAGAGUUUCUGAAAGUGCUCCUGAACCACCUCCCUUGUUUUCGCCAAGUAUUCCUCAAUCGGCUCCUUUAUUUUCAAGUGUUCCUCAACUUCCUCCAUUCUCACCGAGUGUUCCUCAAGUUAGAGCUUCUUCGUCUCAAUUUAUGUAUCCCGCCUAUAAUCCAAGUUUUCUUCCUCACAAUAUGCCUUUUUCAAUGUCAUCGAUGUAUUCUGUCCAUGGAACCUAUCAAGCAUUGCUUAACAAUGCAAGCGGUUAUGGCUCGCAAGCCUCAAAUAGUCCCGCAUAUGUUGCUGAAACUAUUGCUCAAAAUUUGCUGAAACUUUGCUUGAAAUGUUGCUGA